AUGAAAGCAACAACAAUCAUAAUCUCUUUCUUGUUCGCGUUGGCUACAACUCUAGGAGCUGUGGACUUCAACAAGCAAGUGUUGGACUAUACGACUGGCAAUCCGAUUCCCAUCCUAAAUGGGUUUGUUAUGAGAGCCUUUUCGAAAGGAGAACGUUAUUACGUCGACAGAGUGAACAUCCCUUACGUAGGCUUGAGACUAGAACCACGACCAUCACGCGUUCUUCGACUCGAGCCAAGAUUGAACCAAACCGGAUCAACCGAUCCAAUUAUAACCCUAGACACCGGGUAUGGCUUUAGGUUCAAUGAUCUUAAAUCUUUUUGGAAACUGGAUAUAUCUUACAAGAUCCAGGGACUCGGCCUUUUUCAACCUUUCAAGGAAGUACUCGUGAUCAAGGAAACCGAGGAGAGUCGUGUAUACAAGUUGGUUCACGUUAGCAAUAGCACUGGAUCCAAUAAUAUUGGUUUGCAGGUGGUCAUGGUUGAUACAGUGGAGCGAUAUCAACUUGCUGUUAUGAGAACACCACUCCCUGGCGUAAGCAGUCUUCUCUUCACGUUCGAAAGGUCUUGA